AUGCCUCCCAUGCCUGGAAUGCACAGAACUUACCCCAACACCGGUGGAAGCGUGAUGCUUCCAUUACGAAAAGAGAACCUGUAUGAGCCGGAAAUCAUGAUCUGUGGUGGUGGCCAGAUGCAGGCAAUCAACAGUCUAUGCGAUGCGUCUUGCGGGAGAAUCAGACCAACAAGCGGGAAUCCUAAUUGGCAAAUGACUUCAAUGCCGCAACCUCGGGGUAUGGUUGAAGGUGUUCUUCUUCUCGACGGAACCGUGCUAUGGAUCAAUGGAUGUCAAUCAGGAGCGCAAGGAUUCGGACUAGCCACAACCCCUGCCUUGGAGGCUCUGAUUUAUGACCCCAGAAGGGAUGCGUGGACCGUUUCUGGCCAGACAACGAUCGCCAGGCUAUAUCACUCUGUUGCGUUGAUGCUACUGGAUGGCACCGUAUUAGUCGCAGGGAGCAAUCCAAACGAGCAGCCGCUUUUGGAGGAUCAGGUCGACCGUCGCAACCCGUUCCAAGCAUUUCCUACCGAAUACCGAGUGGAGAUAUACACGCCUCCAUAUCUGAGGGGAGACAACGCAUCGAAAAGACCGAGGAAUAUCACGCUAUCGACUACCGAACUUCGCAUGAACACAAGUUUCAUUCUCGAAUUUGACUUUCAAGACAAGGAGCUGUUGACGUUGGAAGUCAUCCUUUAUGGGGGCGGAUUCGUCACACAUUCCCUGCACAUGGGGCAGAUGAUGGUCUAUCUCGACCCAAGAGGCUGGGUUGAUGUUGGAAAUGGCCGCAAGAGAGUCGAAGUAGACAUGCCUCGAGGGAUCAAACUUGCGCCCGGACCAUACGUCGUGCAUGUCGUCGCUAAUGGAGUCCCUGGCGUCGGCCAGUUCGUGCUGUUGAAAGUCUAA